AUGCCUGAGCAGGAAAUUCCGGCCGAAGACAGACCUUCAUCCAGUUCAUCAUCUGAACCGUUUCCCCAAGAAAAUCCGUUAGGUGAUAACCGUGACGACCGAGCGAACAAUGGAAACGGACGCGAGAACCACUUCGUUGCCAUACGAAACUUAAUGAACCGAAAUCGAACAAGGUUGAACGGAACCCGGCCGCCCGUAGCUAGUCUUCCCUUCGAACGAUCAUUUAUUCCCAUGCCCACCCGUUACUAUCCGAUUGUGAUCCCUGCCGAACCAACGAUUGAAGAUCUAUUGCGCCAGGCAGCCGGAACCAGUGAACUGCACCGAGUAACAGACAUCAAACUGAAGGUAAUCUCUCACAUGACCAGCUUGCAGCGCAUUCCAUUUUUCAUCCCGAAUCUGAAGUCACUGACACUGGAAGGCAGCAUUGUGACAACGCUGAGAGAUUUGGGCUGCGAUAUGACGUCGUUGGUUUAUCUGAACGUUAGCCGAUGCAGUUUGAAAAAUCUGGACGGAACUAGUGGAUUGGAAACGCUGGAGGAGCUGGUAGCCGACAACAACCAAAUCGAGGAGGUUGGCCCCUGUACGAACUUGACGAUGAUUAAGAAGAUUAGCUUAAAGGGCAAUCGCAUCACCGACCUUGGCAGUUGCACGUUUUUGGCGCUAUGCGAAAACUUAGAGGUACUGGACCUACGAGAAAAUUUCGUCUCCGAACAUCCUUCGCUGCGAUUGACGUUGAAAGAAAACAUUCCGCAGCUUCGCUGCCUGAACGAUGUUCCUUUCUCCGAGGUGGUACAGGAGGAAAAUUCAGACCUUUCCAGUUCAGAGUAUCGCUCUAGCCCAUCCAGCAAUGCCGACCGAGAACGACGAGGUCAACGCUGGGAAUCCGGCGGCAUUGGUGACGGCACUUGGAACGAACAUCAACAUCCGAAUCGACCAGUAACCAGUACCCAUCACGAGAGAGCCGUUACGGUUGAGCUACUGGAUGACAUGCGUCCCUCCUCUGCCGAUGCAACUAAAAUAAAAAAUCAGCUUACCUCCGGAGAACCUCUUUGCGGCAAUGUCGUCACAAAGGCUCGUCGAGUAAGGCGACAGCGAACGGCGUGGGGGGAAUCAACAUCUUGCUCCAGUAUGAGCAGCACCGACUCAUCUUACUCAAAGGAUUUCCCGGAGCGAUUACCCCAAAAACCUAUCGAUCUAGAAUUGGGUGUUAUCGGAGUGCCUAAUCAAAGUGAUCGUCACGCCGAUGAUGACUCCCAAAGUUUGCUCCGAGAAUCGCGUUUGUUGCGUCAACGAUCGCUCCAAACACGGGAGGCGAUCCGGGAACACGAUCAACUAACUCGACAUGUUAGCGAAGGUUAG